CCCGGCGCGCGUUUCGGCUGCGUGCGGCUGGGCUCCUUCCGACGGCCGGGCGACCUCCUGGGCUGGGAAGCCGAGCGACGGUCGGAGGCGGGGACGGGGGCACGGGACGGUCAUGGAGGACAGUCGGGAGUGUCCAUGAUCAGCCCGGAACUAGAGCUCAACUUUCAGAAGAGAGACCCCGUAGCAAGACUCUUUUCGGGGAGUCCUCCAGCUCCUCACCUCCAUGGGCCAAACGGCCCUGGCAGGGGGCAGCAGCAGCACCCCUACCCCACAGACCCUGUACCCUGACCUCUCUUGUCCCGAGGGCUUGGAGGAGCUGCUGUCUGCGUCCCCUCCUGACCUGGGGGCCCAACGGCGCCACGGUUGGAACCCCAAGGACUGCUCAGAGAACAUCGAGGUUAAGGAAGGGGGUUUGUGCUUUGAGCGUCGACCUGUGGCCCAGAGCACUGAUGGGGCCCGGGGGAAAAGGGGCUACUCGAGGGGCCUGCACGCCUGGGAGAUCAGCUGGCCCCCUGAGCAGAGGGGCACCCAUGCCGUGGUGGGCGUGGCCACGGCCCUCGCCCCGCUGCAGACAGACCACUAUGCGGCGCUGCUGGGCAGCAACAGCGAGUCGUGGGGCUGGGACAUUGGUAGGGGAAAGCUGUACCAUCAAAGCAAGGGUCCCGGCGCCCCUCACUACCCAGCUGGACCCCAGGGUCAGCAGCUGGAGGUGCCGGAGAGGCUGCUGGUGGUUCUGGACAUGGAGGAGGGAACUCUGGGCUAUGCUAUUGGGGGCACCUACCUGGGGCCAGCCUUUCGUGGACUGAAGGGCAGGACCCUCUAUCCAGCAGUAAGUGCUGUCUGGGGCCAGUGCCAGGUCCGCAUCCGCUACCUGGGCGAAAGGAGAGCGGAGCCACACUCUCUCCUGCACCUGAGUCGCCUGUGUGUGCGCCACACCCUGGGGGAUACCCGGCUUGGCCAGGUGUCUGCUCUGCCCUUGCCCCCUGCCAUGAAGCGCUACCUGCUCUACCAGUGACCUCUGUGCUGCCACCCCUACCUGAGGGGAGGAGAGGACCACUGCUGGCCUGGACCAGCUAUUUAAAGCCAGUGAGGCUGGGCCCCUACCCCCAAAUUCCUAAGACCUGGGGAGUUCACCAGCUGCAGAGCCACCCAAAGGAAGGGAGGGAGCUGUUAUUUGAGGUUGUGACAGCCUAGUAUGCAAGACACUUUUUUUCAAGUAAAAAUAGUAAGAGAUGUGUUGUUUAGAAA